AUGUCUGUGUUUGUAUCAGCAAAUGUAGCAGCAAAUUUUAAUGAAACUGAGGAACAACGAGCAGCAAGGCUUUACUUACGUCGUGCAUCGAAGAGGAAGAUUAGCGUUGUUAUUAAACUGGAAGAUGGCACUAUUUUGAGUAAUACUUGUGUAGCUUCAUACGAUUUGAAUUCCAUACGAUUUACAGUACUGUGGGAGAAAACCGUCUUCCCCUUGUUCGCUUGA